GAAGAAAAAAAAAAAUUCAGAUACAUUCGUUCAAUUAUUAGAUUAAGUUCUUAAGACGAUCCAAGAUCAUAUAAAAACCCUCGUCGAGGUUUCUAGCCUCAUCAGUUACUUUAAGCAUCUUCCGCGAUAGAGUUCAUCAUGUUUAAGGUAUUCGUUUGUGUUUUUGUGUUGGCUGUGGCAGCUGUUAGUGCUGACUACGAUUUUAAAGAUUCCGAAUUCAAUGAACUUUUAUUCGAUGAUUUUCAAUCGGCUCUUGAUGAUGAGGAGGCUUUGAGAUUCCGUCGUGACACUGAAACAGCUGAUGGCCAUAAAGAAUGCAUGAGGGAAAAGCACAAUAAGGAUAAAAAUAACUUCUGCUGUAAUGGAAAAGCUGACGAAGCUCAUUUAGAAGUCAUGAAGGAGGUCAGAAAAGAAUGCAUGGCUCAAGUUCGUGGUCCAAAUCCAACUAGCUAUGAUCCUUUUGACUGUGAACAAGUUAAAGCAAUGAAAGAACAAUGCGUUUGUACUGCUGAAUGCAUUUCUAAGCGAUUCAAUCUCAUCGACGAACAUGGUGAAUUGAAACGUGAAUUGGUUUUGGUUAAUCUUCGUGCCAAGCUUGGUGACCAAACCCAAUGGAAACCAGAAGCUAUCGAAGGAUUAGUUGAUAACUGUUUAGGUGAAUUGAAUGCUACCAAGGAAAUGGAAGCUAAGAAAAAUGAAUCAUUGGAAAAAGAAAGCAGAGAAGAAAAAGUCGGAUGCAAUCCAUAUCCUUUACAAUUCUAUCAUUGUUUCUGGAGAGAGGCUGUCCAAAGGUGUCCAGCUGAAUUACAAAGUGACCAUGGCAAAUGCAAGAAAAUCAGGGAAGCAUUGGCUAAGGGAGAUAAAUCAAUUAAGCCGUUCCUUCAUCAUUUUGGACCACAUGGUGAUGAUAAGAAAAGUUGGGAUUAGAUUUUUGAAUUGAUUUUACACAUUUGGAAUGAUACUUGACUUGCAAA